ACUGUCCAACAAGAGUGUGAGGAGUGAUCCCUCCUACUUUUCAUUUUCCUCCCCCAAAUUAUACCCUUCUUUUCCUCCCUAUUGGCCUAAAAGAUAAAACAAAACAAGAAAUACACACCCUCACUCUUAUGUCCCCAACCCAAACCCUCACUUGAGUUGGCGCUCAGAGAGAAACCACUAACCAAAACCAGAAGCCACCAUGCCCAUAAUCUCCCGCCCACCAAAGCCAAUAACACAACACCUUGUCUGCUUUCAAGUUCAAGUGAUAAAAUCCUUGUCUUCCUCAUCCUCAAUUCCCACCCCCACACACGAUCACAUUGCCCGUCUCAUCCUCGACCAAAAGUCCGCUUCCCAAGCCCUCCAAACCUUCUCAUGGGCCUCCCAACUCCCCAACUUCCGCCAUUCCCACUCCACCUACUGCUCCUUGAUCCACAAGCUCUGCAUCUUCCGUCGCUUCGACGCCGCCCACCAGCUGCUCGACGAAAUGCCCACCUCACUUGGCUCGCCCCCAGAUGAUGACACUUUCGUCACGCUCAUCCGUGGCCUCGCCCGGGCCCGCAUGACUCGUCGUGUGCUCAAUGUGCUUGACUUGGCCUACAAGUUUCACGCCAGGCCUUCUCUCAAGAUAUUCAAUUCCAUACUCAAUGUUCUUGUGAAGGAGAACAUUGACGUCGCGAGGGAGUUCUACCGGAGAAAGAUGAUGGCGAGUGGUGUUGAGGGCGACGACUACACCUUCGGCAUUUUGAUGAAAGGGCUCUGCUCUGCCAACCGAAUUGCCGACGCUUUUAAGCUCUUGCAAGUCAUCAAGUCCAGAGGAGUUCCUCCCAAUGCUGUCGUUUACAACACACUGCUUCACGCGCUUUGCAGGAAUGGGAAAGUCGGAAGGGCGAGGAGUUUGAUGAACGAAAUGGAUGAUCUUAGUGAUGUUACUUUCAACGUCAUGAUUGCCGCAUAUUGUGCGGAAGACAACAUAGUACAAGCUCUUGUCAUGUUAGACAAGUGCUUUUCUCUUGGAUUUGUGCCUGACAUUGUUACCGUGACCAAGGUGCUGCAGAUUCUCUGCAGCUCAGGGCGUGUAUCUGAGGCUGUCGAGAUUUUAGAAAGAGUGGAGAGUAAAGGAUGCCUUGUCGACGUCGUCGCUUAUAACACCUUACUCAAAGGCUUUUGUGAAUCAGGAAAAGUGAAAGUUGGGCGUCGGAUUUUGAAGGAAAUGGAGAGGAAGGGAUGCCUUCCGAAUUUAGAUACCUAUAACGUUUUGAUCCAUGGAUUCUGCAAGUCCGGCUUGUUGGAUUCGGCUAUGGGUCUGUUUAAUGACAUGAAGACUGAUGGGGUUCAAUCGAAUUUGGUUACAUAUGACACAUUGAUUAGAGGUUUGUGCUAUGGAGGAAGGACCAAAGACGGGUUUCUGAUCCUGCAACUAAUGGAGGAGAGUAAAGGGGGUUGUGGGGGCCGAAUUAGUCCUUAUAAUAGUAUCUUGUAUGGUCUAUACAAAGAAAAUCGUGUGGAUGAAGGGCUUGAGUUUCUAACCAAUAUGGGGAGAUUAUUUCCUAGAGCUGUUGAUAGGAGUUUGAAGAUUUUAAACUUGUGCAGUGAGGGAAAGGUUGAGGAUGCAAAGAGCAUUUAUGAUCAGCUGAUUAGUGAAGGAGGAGCACCAUGUGUUAUUGUUUACAGCCAUUUGAUCUGCGGAUUUUGCGAAGAAGGGAAUCUUCGGGAAGCCCUUGCGCUGAUGAAUGAGAUGAUUGCUCGUGGCUAUUCUCCUAUUGCCUCGACAUUCAAUUCGCUCAUCAGCGGGUUUUGCAGUCGAGGAAGAAGUGAUGCCAUAAGACUUGUGGAAGACAUGGUUGGGAGAGGAUGUACUCCUGAUGCUGGAAGUUACAGUCCUCUGGUGCAUGCUCUUUGCAGGGAAGGGGAUUUUCAGAAGGCUUCAAUGAUGGUUUCACAAAUGGUAGAAAAGGGUAUAAUUCCUGAUUAUUGUGCAUGGAGCUCGUUGAUUCUUUGUCUAUGUAAAGGAAAAGAAUGUUUAGAAAACAAUCAUAUGUUUCGUAGAAAUGAGUUGCUGAAGCUCAUAAUAGAGACUUAA